GUCUGGAUAUUCAAUAAAUCACACACUUGGCUGUUUGACGGAUGUUCGGUCUCUAUAGAGCAACAAACUUUCUAUGCAUAUUAUUGUUGUUCCAAACUUACUCACAACGUAUUCAGGUAAUCUAUGAGGGGCAGAAUGUUGCAUUCUAUUGUAAUGCUACCGGUGGCUCCAAAAAUGAUUACAUACACUACCAAUGGGAGGUUAAUAAUCGUGAUCUAAUAGCCACUGAUGCCUACUUUCAUAUAAGAGGCAUUCAGAAAAGUGAUGAGGGUGAGUAUAAAUGCAUUGCUACUCAAUAUGUAAAUGGGACUCCUAUCGUCGCAACUGAAUCCACAUUUAUCAGUGUUCGCAAAGCUGAUUCCAUCAUAACUCAAGAUGUCGAAGAAGGAAUUUUGGUUCGAAUUUUAUGUAAUGUAAGUAGUGAUGAGAAACCUGAUGGUGCUGGUCCAUUUCGAUACGAAUGGCGUAAUCCAAAUGGUACAUUAGUUGGAACUCAAUGGAAAUUAGAAUUGGGCCACAUCAAAGUACAUGAAUCAGGGAUAUAUGUCUGCCGUGUUUCAUAUGAAUUUGACAAAAGACAAAUGUCCACCAGUUCGGCAACAAAAAUAAAUGUUAUUCCACGUCGAAAUGGUGAAGUAGAACCAACUUAUUCUGUUGUAAUUCGAGAAAUUUCUGGUCCCCUUUAUUUAAAUGCACGAUUAGAAUUGGAGUGUUCUCCAAGACCACCAAAUUCAGCUGCUAGAAUUAAUUGGCUUGGUCCAGAUGGAAUGGUGGUUUCCGAUUCUAGUAAUAUAGUAUUUGAACGUUUCCAACCUCAUCAUCAAGGUAGAUACACAUGCCAAAUCUUACUACCGAAUCAAAUUAUUUUACGUCAAUUGACUUCCCUGGUCCGACUUGACAGUAUGGUACUUACCUUUAACAGUACGAUAUCUAUUGACGAUGGUACAGGAGUGGAUUUAAUAAUGCGACCUAAUAUCAUAUAUAUCCCAGCAUUUCAUCCAUUUGAAAUUGAAUGUUUAUCUAUACGUACCGGUUUAUCACCUAUUGCCAUAUUUGGUAAUGGUGCACCUAUUGAAUCCGAUAAUCGAUUUACAAUUAUAAAACCAAAUGAACAACGAUUAAUUAUAAGAGCUACAGAUGGUUUAUCAAGUGUUUAUAAUGGUUUACGUAUUCGUUGUAUGUUACCAGGACUCAAUUAUAAAGAAGUUACGUUAUACAUAAUGGAUAUUUGUACUGCUAGUCAAUCACAAUGUAGAACUCGACAAUGUAUUCAAACCUCUUCAAUAUGUGAUGGUAAAGCUGACUGUCUUGAUAAGUCAGAUGAGGGUAGCAGUUUUUGCAAUGCUGGACUUACUGUGAUUCCAACUCGUAUUGUAGUUAAACCAUCAGAACCUUUUUCACUUAAAUGUCAAACUAUUUUACCAGGGACCAGAAUGCCACAUGCACGUUUUGUACAUAGUGGUCAAGAUGUAGAGUCCGAUCCUCGAUUUAUCAUUGAGAGAUCUCCAGGUAUUCUGCUUAUUAAGGCACCAUAUGGACUUUCAGUAGAAGCCAAUGACACAAGAAUUGAAUGUUACUUUCCCGAUGAAAGCCCUAGAACUGCAAUAAUCAAUGUAGUUACUGAUCGAUGUGGAUUAGGAUACUUCAUGUGUUAUGACGGAAAUUGUAUACAACAAUCUCAGAGAUGUGACGGGCAAACUCAAUGUCCCGAUGGAUCUGAUGAAAUUAAUUGUGUUUGCCAACCACCUAGCAUUCUUUGUUCUUCGGGUGAGUGUAUUACUCCUGAAAUGCGAUGUGACGGUACACAACAUUGUCGAGACGGCUCAGAUGAAAUUGGUUGCCCUCCUCGUUGUCGUCCUGGUCAAUAUCAGUGUUCUUCUGGUGAAUGCAUUGAACAACAAAUGAGGUGUGAUGGUCGACAAGAUUGUCGGGACGCUUCAGAUGAGACUGGUUGCCCUCCUCGUUGUCGUCCUGGUCAAUAUCAGUGUUCUUCUGGUGAAUGCAUUGAACAACAAAUGAGGUGUGAUGGUCGACAAGAUUGUCGGGACGCUUCAGAUGAGACUGGUUGCCCUCCUCGUUGUCGUCCUGGUCAAUAUCAGUGUUCUUCUGGUGAAUGCAUUGAACAACAAAUGAGGUGUGAUGGUCGACAAGAUUGUCGGGACGCUUCAGAUGAGACUGGUUGCCCUCCUCGUUGUCGUCCUGGUCAAUAUCAGUGUUCUUCUGGUGAAUGCAUUGAACAACAAAUGAGGUGUGAUGGUCGACAAGAUUGUCGGGACGCUUCAGAUGAGACUGGUUGCCGAGAACGAGUAAAUAUUCGUGUAGUGCCAGAUAUCAUUCAUACACAGCCGUACGAAAAAUGGAAGUUUGAAUGCUCUGUGAUAGGUGCAGAUAUAGAACCAAUAGUCAAGUUCCAAGAUGGUAGACUUGUCGAAUCAGAUCCUAACUUUCGAGUUACUCGCAUUGAUCCCAACACUGUCAGCGUUGAAGCGAUUCAUGGCUUAACGGAAAAAAAGGAGCGUCUUAGCUUCAUAUGUACAUUCCCUGGUGGACCAGAAGAGGAGAUAGAUGUUUAUGUUCGACGACGAUGUCCUCAUGGUGAAUUCAUGUGUAAAGAUGGAACAUGUCGUCCAGAAAGUGAUUUUUGUAACGGUCGAGUUGAUUGUCCUGAUGGUUCAGAUGAACGACCUCCAUAUUGUAGGGAAAUUGUACAGGUGGAAGUUAAACCAAGCAUUAUUCAUGUUCAACCGUAUAAACGUUUUGAAUUUGAAUGUAUUUCUUAUGUUCCUGGGAUAAAACCAGAAGCUCGAUUACCUAGUGGUAUACUUGUAAGUCAAGAUCCACGUUUUAAUGUAAUAUACCUUUCACCAAAUCAUCUUCAAGUAAAUGCAAUAUAUGGUUUAACAGAUAGAGAUCAUCCAUUCCAGAUUUAUUGUAUAUUUCCUGGAUUAGAAAAUAGAACUACUGUAAUAGAAAUUGAAAGACCUUGUCCAAGUGGACAGUUUCAAUGUAUGGAUGGACGAUGUUUACCAUCUAAUGUAUUUUGUGAUGGCAAAUCGGAUUGUUCAGAUAGUUCAGAUGAAAAUGAACGAUACUGUGCUGUAAACAUCAGAGUGACACCAGGUUCGAUUCGUGUAGUCCCAUAUCAACGUUUUCAAUUCGAAUGUUCAACGUCAAUCCCAGGCGUAUCUCCUCAAGUAACGUUUGAUGAGCGUUCAGUAGAAAGAGAUAAUCGUUUUGUUGUUACUCGUCCAAGUCUUCAAACUAUAGUAGUGACAGCGCCAACUGGUUUAUCAGAAAUUGGUGCACACAGAUUUAAAUGUAUUGUAUCAGUAAAUAUUGUUAAAGAAGUUGAUGUAGAAAUCAUAAGUGAAUGUCCACCUGGGCAAUUAAAAUGUAGAUCUGGUGAAUGCUUGCCAAGAGCAAUAUUUUGUGAUGGGAAGUAUGAUUGCCCAGAUAGAUCAGAUGAAGAUCCAAGAUCAUGUGUUCCUACAAUUAUUAUUACUCCAACAACAAUUUUAACAAGACCACAUGAAUCUUUCCAAUUUGAAUGUAAAUCAGUUAUGCCAGGUGGUGAACCAAAAAUUACACUUGAAGGUUAUCCAGUUGAAAAUGAUCCCAGAUUUACAAUUGUACGUCCAAGCCGUGAACAUGUUAUUGUUCGAGCAGAAAGUGGUAUUGCUGAUCCUGGAAAAUAUUCUUUCACUUGUACCGUAGUAAGUGCAGCUAGUAAGACAAUCGUGGUACAAGUUGAAUCAGUAUGUCCACCUGGUUAUUCUAAGUGUAAAGAUGGAAUGUGUAUCCUGGACAACCAGUUUUGUGAUGGGAUAAUUCAUUGUCGAGAUGGCUCAGAUGAAGACAAGUUACGGUGCCCUGAAGUGGCUGUUGAUGUACGAGUUCACUUUACUCCUGGUGAAUUACGAAUUCAACCUGGUCGAGCAUUCCGUUUGGAAUGUGUGACGGAUAAACCGGGCACAUCUCCAGUUUUACAGUUUCUUGAUGGGAGACCAAUAACAAGUGACCCAAGAUUUGUAGUUUCUAGGCCAUCAACUGAACGUGCCAUCAUAGACGUUCCUGGAGGCCUUGAUGCUAGAGACAGACAGAUCAUAAUCGAAUGUGUAUCUCCCAGUGGUGAAAGAAAAACAUCAACCAUCUUCAUCGAACUAGGUUGUCAACCAGGACAAAGACGAUGUCCCAGUGGGCAGUGUAUAUUUGUUGGUCAAUUCUGUGAUGGGAAACCUGAUUGCGAUGAUGGAUUUGAUGAGAAACCUGAAAACUGUGAGUAUUGUGACCCAAUAACUAAACCAUGCGAAGUUGUGAAUGGUAAACCACCUAAAGAAAAAACCUAUGAACUACAUUGGAGGUGUGAUGGCGAAGAUGAUUGUGGAAAUCGGUUUGAUGAACAAAAUUGUCUAAAUGACACUCGUGUACCAGAUAAAGAGUGUGGUGCUACUCAUUUCAGAUGUGGUACUGAACCAUAUCAGUAUAUACCGUUUGCAUACUGGUGUGAUGGAGGUCGUGAUUGUCGAGGUGGUGAAGAUGAAGCUGAUUGUUCCCCACCUACCAUAAUUCAAACUCAACGUCAAGAAACUCAUAGAGUUCGUCCUGGUGGUAGACUGAUUUUAGAAUGUGAAGCAUCCGGUGUUCCACCACCUAUGAUUAUUUGGCGUUUCAAUUGGAGAUGCCUUCGUGAUGAAACACGAAUGCGGACCCAAGCUGUCCCAAGUUCGCUUGGAUGUAAGGGUUCAAAGAGUCGUCUAACAAUCGAAAACUUCAGGGAAGGUGACGAUGGGAUUUAUAAUUGUGAAGCACUGACAUCGAAAGAAAGAGCUAUGUCCCAGGAUAUAUUUGUUUUUCUAUCUCCUUAGUUAUGUUUUCAUUUUCACGUGAUAUUAUGGAAUAUCAAGUUGAAUGAAUAGUUAUAUUAUCAUUUUAUCAUAUAUUUUUAAAAUUAAUUUAACUCUUUGUGUCAAAAUAGCAAUGUUCUGAAUUUCAAAAUAGUAUAUCUUUCAAUCAUCUUACAAACAAUGUAUUAAUUUUGCCGUUUGAAAUUCUAAUUCCCAAGUUAUACAUUAUUCUGUUAUAUGAAAUUUAAAAUAUAAUGCUUAUUUGAAGAG